AAUGUAGACAUAGAGAGAAAAUCGACAACAACUCGGUGUAGACAAUGAUGACAUAAAUAAUCAAAACACCAUUUCUGGACAGCACACUCGCCUAUGUAUAUUCAACUAUUACAAAAGAUUAAGUUUGCUGAAUUAUGAAUUACGCUCAACAAAAAUAAAAAAUCUUCUUAAAAAACAACUAUAAAGGCUAUAAUAAAAAUGAUAAACUUUAUAAAGUUUUACAAAGAUUAUUCAUGUGAACACCAAGAGACAAAAACCUUUAAGGAAUUUAAAGAAAAGGAUCAUUAUUUAUUAACAUCCGAACUCGAUGAAUAUAUGGCAAUAUUUGAAAUGUUUUCAAAUGGUAAAGAUUUUAUUGAAAGAAAUAAUGAAGCUGUAUGGAGGUACUUAGGGAUUUCGCCAACCCAAAGUGAUUAUGAUGGUUUAUUUGGUAGACGAGAUGAUAAUGGAAAAACUUUGGAUUUUGGACAAUUUAUCAAAACAGUUUUUUACAUAAAAAAAAGUAGAAAGAUUUUAGAAGAACUUAAGAAAGUUUUCGAUAAAAUUAAUGUAAAAGGUCGGAUAACUAGACAUCAAUUUCGAAAAAUGUUAAAAAAUUGUAGUGAAAAAAUGAUCAGCAAUCACGCGAAUGAAAUUAUUAAAGAUGCAAAUUUUAAGAGGAAUCGAAAAUUGUCAUGGAGCGAUGUAUUUGAUGCGGUUUUAUAGAUUUUCUAUAAAAAGUUUUACCCAGAAUAUUAGCAAACUAAAUUACAAUUAUAAUUUUACAAAUACAUAUGAAAAAACUGAAUAUUUUUCUCCUAAGCUAAUGAAAAAAAAGACAGAAUAUUGUAAUGUCUUAAAAUUGAAAUGGUAGGUCCAAAAAUAUAUCUUAUCUAUUGUAAAUACAUAUCUACAAUAAGAUUUUUAAAUAUAAUAUUUUGUUAUGAGUAACUUUUUUGAUAAUCCUCGGAUAGUUAUGUUUUUUUUGCAUAACUCUUAACAACGUUAAUAAAUUUGAUUUCGGUAAUAUACACGAAAGACCCUUUUUAAAGAAGACCAUAACCGUGGUUAUAUGGUUGUAUGGUUAUGCAUAAACU